AUGACACCAAAGAACCAGGCAGCAAUCCUGCCAUCUCCCAAAGCACCAGCCCUCACGAUCUCUUCGGCCCCCUACUCACCUCCAUCCUCCGGCGAAGUGGUGAUCAGAGCCCACGCCGUGGCCAUAAACCCUGCUGACUGUGGCAUCCAACGACUCGGGAUCCUCAUCCCGGAAGAAGGCGGCUACCCCUGCGUCCUCGGAUGCGAUGUCGCUGGGGAGGUUGUUGAGCUUCCUCCUGGAGGAGAGACGGACGAACGGAUUGCUCAUCUCAAGGUCGGCGAUCGUGUAAUCGGUCAAACAUCGCCAUUAAGAUCCAAAGACUCCAAAGACCUGGAUCUUAGUGAGGAUGACGACCUCGAACAAUGGCGCGGCAAAAAGGUGUACGCCUACUCUUCCUUUCAAAAAUACGUGGUUCUUCUUUUCCCGUUUGUGGCAAAGAUACCCGACACCAUGACCUACGAAGACGCAGUCGUGUUGCCGCUCGGUGUGAAUACCGCCUCCAGCUGUCUGUUUCCAGAGGUGAUGUUGGGAUUGGACAUGCCUCCAGCCAAGGGCGGAGCAGAGAAAAAGGGCAAGACGCUUAUUGUUUGGGGUGCCUCUUCAAGCGUGGGCUCCUGCGGCGUCCAACUCGCCGUGCAAGCAGGCUACACCGUUGUCGGCAUCUGUUCGCAGCGGAACCACCAGUUCGUCAAAUCGCUGGGUGCAGAGGAGUGCUUUGACCAAAGCGAUCCGAACAUCGUCGAAUCCGUGGUCUCCUACCUCAAGAGAGAAGGCCAGGAGAUAGUCGGCGCGUACGACGCCAUCUCCAAGCCUCCCACACUGCAGCCCCUCUGCGAUAUUCUUCAUGGCUGUGGUAGCACUGGCCGGAAUUUCAUCGCCUCGGUCUUCCCAGGCGCCGAUCAGUACGCCAAAAACGACGUGUCGAUUGUGACAAAUCUGUCGGCAGUGUCUUCUGAUGAUUUUACCACCAACCUCGCGACCAAGGUGUACCAGUGGCUCGAGACCGCGUUGGAAGACCACCGCAUGCAAUGCAUGCCUGCGCCUGAGGUCAUGGGAAAGGGGCUCGAGAGCGUCCAGGCUGCAAUGGACAAACUAGCUUCGGGAACGGUGAGCGGGAGGAAAUUAGUGGUCACUCUAUGA